GGAUGGCACGAACCAGUACCAGGAGGCAUUUGGGGUUCCCUCCAACGAACUCUUCAUGGCCAUCUACAGGUCGGAGGGCGAGCGUGUGCAGUUCAUGCGCGGUCUGCAGGACGUCUGGAGCGUCAGCGGGAGAGCGGUGCUGGAGGCCUUCGACCUGUCUCCGUUCCGGCUCAUCUGCGACGUCGGCGGCUGCUCCGGGGCUCUGGCCAAGGAGUGCACGGCCCUGUACCCUGGGUGUCGGGUCACCGUCUUCGACACCCCCGAUGUCGUGCACGCGGCCAAGGAGCACUUCUCAUUCCUGGAGGACGACCGCAUCCGCUUCUGGGAAGGAGAUUUCUUCGAAGACCCCCUUCCGGAGGCAGAGCUCUACAUCCUGGCGAGGGUCCUGCACGACUGGAGCGACGCGCGAUGUGCCCGUUUGCUGGCGAGGAUCCGUCGGGCCUGCAAACCAGGGGGCGCUGUCCUGGUGAUUGAAAGCCUCCUGGACGCGGACGGCCGGGGCCCUCUGACCACACAGCUCUACUCGCUGAACAUGCUCGUGCAGACAGAGGGCCGGGAGAGGACCCCUGCCCAGUACCUCGCGCUCCUGGGCCCUGCCGGCUUCCCGGACGUGCAGUACAGGAGGACCGGGGGCCUGUACGAUGUCAUCCUAGGCAGGACGGGGCUCCCUGCCGGCUGCAGCUAGCAGCCCGACCCGAGCACCCCCGAAAAGGGCGACCUCCGUGGGCUUCCUCGUUUGGGGGGCUUGACAAGGGACUGGGGGGUCUCUGCUCACGGUUGUGGGAUGUGCAUCACUCGGUGGAGUUUGCCUUGUUGUGCUUUGUUCUAUUCUGCCCUAUCCUAUCCUAUCCUGUAUUCUGUUCUGUGCUAUUCUAUCUUAUUCUUUUUAUUCUAUUC